AUGGAAGCUGCAGAGUAUCACCCAGUCCAAAGUGCCAUCGAUAAGGAAGUUUCGCAAAAACAGCGAUAUGCUCGUUUUCAAGACAGACAGGACAAGAGUGAUAUGCCUACAAACAUGAUGUUAAAAAUAGCUCAUGGUAAGAUUCACGUCGAGAUGUCCUUCGGCUUAUGUCUCCUUCAUUAGUACUGAUAAUUAUAAGACGACGUCCUCACAAAUGGCUCUCACUGAAGAAAUAAGGACACUUUAAUUCCUUUUUCGUCAUCAUACAUAAACGCCCUUAAAAGUAGGCAAUAUACUGGAGACUUUGGAAAAGAGCUCCAAGAGUGGAAUAUUCUGACAAUGUAUAUUUCCAGUGUUGAUACAAGCAAGUGCAACGGAGGCUUUUGAACAUGUGCUGGUGAGAGACAUCACAUACUGUCGAUUUUAUCCCCUAUCCCCUAGAAUUUAUCCGUGCCGUUAUUCCAAGUUAGACCCCUGACAGCUUAACUGAGAAAUGUGUCAGAGAUAUGUAGAUAAAUGAUGUUAUCUUCAUUCAUUUGGUAGCUGAAGAAUAAGUAAUGCAUGAAGUAAAAACUAAGAAAACAUUUUUACUUAUUAAGGGAAAUAUUGGACCUCAUGGCGAGGAAUUCCCGUUCUGAAGGACUGCCUCGACCUUAUAGCAGUCCAGGAGUUGUUUUGGGAGUUAAAGCCUAGAACCGUUAUUGAGCUUGGAGCCUACAAAGGCGGCUCAGCUUUGUGGGCAGCGGACAUGAUGAAAAUGAUAGGUGUCACAUCACGCGUUCUGUCAAUGGAUAUUGAUCUUUCUUUACUGGAUCCAGUCGCUAAAGCAUACCCGGAUGUUACCUUCAUUCAAGGGGAUUCACUUGAGAUUGACAAAUGUUUUCCUCCAGAAUUACUCCAGGUGAGAAAGUCCAUCGCUAUUUGUGCCAAAAUGUCCAUUUUUGAUUGGUCUUAAGUUUUUUUGUUGUUGUCAGUUUUCGUUGGCGAAGAAGCUUGUCUUAGUGAAAGAGGAAUUUUUACUUUUGGUGAUAUUGUGUCCCCUCCGUCAACUUACAAGCUUCCAUUCAGGUCCUGAAGCCUGGUUUCCAAUGUGAUCGUUAGGAUCGUCUCCUUAGCUCGAGUUUUAACCACGGCUGGGGCGAUUCUGGCGAUCAUGUGAUCGUCUUUGUAAGAGUUUUCAGCCUGAUCGGCUUGAUUGUCCGGGUGGGUCGUCAUCGAUGGCCUUGCGGUGGCCUUGUUGUAGGACUCGAUCCGAUCGCUUGCACUUUAUUUUAUAGAGUCUAGGCAAUCAAUGCCCAAGAUCGCGAUAAAACCAUGUCUUAGCUAAUCAAUAAACGAGGGCGUAAGUCUCUAGAGAAACCGUGGUGUCAGUAGGUCAGCGCGGGGGGGGGGAAGGAGGGAGGAGUAUUUCAAGAGAUGUGAGUUGGCCACCGCAGAGAAAUUCUAAAGCGUUGGCCCUUUUUCAGAACAAAAACGAUUCCAAAGGUCGUCUAACACUGAAAAUUACUACGACUGAGUCAUUCCGAUGUUUAUUUAAGCAAUGAUGGAUUACUUCCCUCCACAGGAACUUCCUCACCCAUGGUUUAUAACUGAAGAUGCUCAUGUCAACGUCACCGGUGUGCUUGAGUACUUUGAUGAGUUCACAGAGCCUGGUGACUACAUCUGUGUUGAAGACACCAAUCCCAUAGUUCCAAACUCACCUGGUCAGGGGCUCGCCAAGGAGCUUGGGUACACUCCACUGGGUAGUGUGAAGCUUGACGCGGUUAAGCUCUUCAUGAAGGACAAAGGUGAAAGAUACCUCGUGGAUCAGCGAUACGCAGAUUUUUUCGGGUGGGUGAUGUUUAAACGCUGGACUUUGGAAGCACUUUGUUGUUCGUCCAGCUAACGAUGGAGUUUUAAUUUUGCGAGUGUCAGAGUCUCAUGCCUGAACGCUAAUAAAACGCAUACAUAUGGGUUUCUCACUUGUUCAGCUCCAUCCGCUAGAAUUAAAGAAGAUUCAUACAUUUACAAUUCGAAAGCGCAACUUGUAGAUUUUAGCCGGAUAACUAAGCCCCUAUUAUGUACACGGAUUUAAUUUUGAGGAUUUACAAUCGGUUUCCCAAAUCCACAUGCACAAUAAAAGGGUAAAAUGUUGUUAUCAUUGAUCGUCUGAAAAUGAGUUACAAAAGUUUGUUCCAUUUCGAAAUUUGAUUCUGUACCUUAAUCUCUGGGUCAACAUCGGGGUGAAACUUUAAAACUGGUAAAAUGGAGUUUACACGAAAAUCAGCAAAUUAUUAUCUUGUAGUAUCAAAAUUUUCAAAUCCCUUUUUUUGUUUUGCAGAUACAACGUUACUUGGAACAUGAACAGUUAUUUAAAACGAGUGUAG